AUGUAUGACACCCGUAUAGGAGGAGCAGCAUCCCCAGCAGACACAGAAUGGCAGCUCUUUGUGAAGACCCUGACUGGCAAGAUCAUCGCCCUGGAGGUGGAGCCCAGUGACCCCACUGACCAUGCCAAAGCUAAACUCCAAGACAGGGAGGGCCUCCCGCCUGACCAGCAGUGUCUGGUUUUUGUGGGCAAGCAGCUGGAGGAUGGACGCACAUUCAGACUACAAUAUUCAGAAAGAAUUCGCCCUUGGCACUUGGCACUUCCUCUGCGGAGGCAUCGUGAGCCCUCCCUCCGCCAGUUCGCCCAGAAGUACGACUGCGACAAGAUGAUCUGUGCAGGUGUCCCGCCCACCUGGGCCCCUGUGCUGUCAACUGCCACAAAGCGCAGCCACACCAACAAUCUGUGCUUCUAG